ACUUGUAGAACAAUGUCAGGAAGAGGCAAAGGAGGUAAAGGACUCGGCAAAGGAGGCGCCAAGCGUCAUCGCAAGGUUCUCCGUGAUAACAUCCAGGGCAUUACCAAGCCCGCCAUCCGCCGCCUGGCUCGACGCGGUGGUGUGAAGCGUAUUUCAGGCUUGAUCUACGAAGAGACACGCGGUGUGCUGAAGGUGUUCCUGGAGAACGUCAUCCGUGAUGCUGUGACUUACACAGAACACGCCAAAAGAAAGACCGUGACCGCCAUGGACGUGGUUUACGCUCUGAAACGUCAGGGACGUACUCUGUACGGCUUCGGCGGUUAAAACAUCCACAAGUCCAUUAACCGAGGUUCAACACAAAGGCUCUUUUAAGGGCCACCCACGUGUUACAGAUUAGAGACUUUAUUUCCAUAUUUCGGGUGUUUAAAAAUUGUGAUCUUUCUGGCUGUGAAAUGAUUUGUACCUUUAGAGUACUGUAUAAAGGCAUAAUGAACACCUUGAGUAGCAUAAUAUCGUCCGCAGUGUUCCGGUGGUCACGCUGUAUCUGACGCAUUUGAGCCAAUGGUAUUUAUUGUAAAGCGGUUCAUUAUUCAGACUUCAACUGUUAAUAGGCUGCUUGGGAUCUAUAAAUGGGUUCUAUUAGCCGGAUAGGGGGAGCGCGUUUGACCGAGAUGUGUCAGGUUCAAAUCACCAAGAGCCACCCACUGGUCUCUACAAUUGAGUUAGUCCAUCGCACUUGUUUGAAUGUUUCUAUAUUGCUGCAUGGUAUGUGAAACAACUAUUGACUGCCGUGAACAGACAAGUUAUUCUGCAAACUAAACAAAUACAGUACAGUGUUUCAAUAAUUUAAGGACGGUGCAAUAGUAACAUCACGAUUCCUCAAUAACAAUUGUCUUUGCAGUAUGCCUUUGUAGCCCAGGUUAAUCACAUAAUGAUCGAUACAUUUGCUUAUCAUAGAUCAUUCUUUCAACAUAUGUAAAUAUUCAAUAAGUGCAUAAAAUGGCAGUUUUUUUAAUUAGUAAUCAUGUACCGACGGCAGCUGUGUAGAAUCUCGUGGCUGCAAUGUCAUCGGGCGCGAGACUUCAGCGUCCUGUGUGGCGCGAAUGGAGAGGGACGCGACUCAUUUCAUAUUUUAUAUUUAUAUCUAUUUUAUAUAAAAUAUAUAUUGUUUAGCUCUAGUAUAUUAUUUAGCUCUUUAGGACAUGUUUAGCUCUUUAGUAUUAGACUUUUAAAUUGUUAUUUAUACAUUAUGCUUUUUCUACUUUUUUUUUUAAAUAUAAAAAAAAAAAGAUCAAUAUGUUCAUUGUAUGCACCUUCCUGCCAUGGUAAAUUCUGUGUUUGUGUUAACUUACAUGGCAAUAAAAACCUAUUCUGAUUCAGAUCAA